AUGGAGGUUCCGCUUUACGAGACGCGACGCCACGCUUCCAGUUACCCUCCUCAACUCCAUCUUCAACAAAAUCAACAACACCAGGCGAUUGAUGAUUCCAAGGGAACCUUGCUUUCUCUCCUCUCAGUUCGAGGUGUGAGUCAACUCAAAGAGAAAUGGACUGAAUAUAAUGAACCAAAGAGACUUAGAAAAUUAGUGUCGCUGUUUGUUUCCCCUACGGCCAAAUACGUUGCUGUUGCUGCUGGAAAUCGAAUUACAAUUCUGAGUAAAGAGGAUGAUUAUCAGCAAUCGUAUGCAAUUUUCACCGGUUCUGAUUUUGGUACAUUUACUGUGGGAGCUUGGUCUGAAGAUGAUGAAAUUCUUGGUGUUGCUGAUGACUAUGAUACUCUGUACUUUAUUAAAUUCAAUGGUGAAGUUGUGGCAGAAAUUACAAAGAAGCAUUUGAAAAUCUCUUCACCAAUUGUUGGUUUAUUUUCCGACACCGACUCAGAUAUGCACGGGUCUUAUUUGUUCACUGCCAUUACAUCAGAUGGCUCACUUCAACAAAUUGAGAUCAGUUAUGGACAAGGCAUUUCUACCUUUCCUAAGUACGUCCUUAAUCACAGGAAUCAUCUCCGUAACAACGUUUUUUGCUUUGACCAGCACCAUGAACUUAACCUUUUUGUGGCUGUUCACACAAUGUCUGGAUCUUGCCUUCUUUCUCUUUGGCAUAAAAAUUCAAGCUCAGAACUGGAACAGGAUGCUUGCAUAUUUUCAAGCUGGACAAAGAAGGCUUGA